AUGUAUCGUUGUACUCCAGUUCUUGCCUCUUGUUUUCCAGAUGGCCCCUUGUCCUGUCCUUAUGCAAGCCAAAAUCCAAACCCGCCAGUGGUAGCAAAGUGCAACUUGACUGUUCUGCUGUCUUUGAAGAAUGUAUCUGGGCUAGUUAUCCAAAAGGAGUCCAGCCCUCUCCCUGUCAAGGAGUCAGGCACUUUACCCGCUGAGGUUGAUGGGAAGCUGACUGAGUCUAGCCCUCUGCCUGCUGAGGAGUCCAGUGUUAUCCCAACUGGUGGAUCUAGCACUCUGCCUGCUGAGGAGUCCAGCCCCCAGCCUGCCAAGGAGCCCAGCCCUCACCCAGUUGCGGAGUCCAUCCCCCAGCCUGCCAAGGAGUCCAUUCCUCUCCCAGCUGCAGGGUCCAGCUCCCACCCUGCUGAGAAGUCAUGUGCUCAGCCCACCAAGGAGCCCAGCCCUCACCCAGUUGCGGAGUCCAUCCCCCAGCCUGCCAAGGAGUCCAUUCCUCUCCCAGCUGCAGAGUCCAGCCCCCAGCCUGCCAAGGAAUCCAAUGUUAUCCCAACUGGGGGAUCUAGCUCUCUGCAUGCUGAGGAGUCCAGGCCCCAGCCUGACAAGGAGCCCAGCCCUCACCCAGUUGCAGAGUCCAGCCCCCAGCCUACCAAGGAGUCCAGUGCAAUCCCAACUGGGGGAUCUAGCUCUCAGCCUGCUGAGGAGUCCAGCCCCCAGCCUACCAAGGAGUCCAGUGCUAUCCCAGCUGGGGAACCUAGCCCCACAUAGUUGCAGAAUCCAGCACUCUCCCAUCAAUCUCAGGGGGCAAGUUGACUGGGUCCAGCCCCCAUCCAGUUGUGGAGUCCAGUGCUCUCCCCACCCAGGAGUCUAGUCCCUACCCUGCCAAGGAGUCCAUCCCUCAAUGUGUCAUUACCUGCCUGCUGGGAACCU